AUGCCAUUAGUGUCUCGACAUGUGCUCGAUGACGGCGAUCAAUUCUCGAACCUGCGCCAAAUCACAGCGUACAGAAGCGAUAUGGCGUCGCAAAGAGUAUCAUCCUAUGGCGGCAUCAAUGGCCAGAGCGGUACUAAUGGUGUGCUGAGCCCUCCAAUGUCGCCCAAGGCUGCGUUUCGAUCAAAGGGUCGUCUCCCUUCGUUCACGUCAUCGCGCGCUCCGAGCCACAAUCUGAGCACCAUGAAGACAGUCAGCAAGCGCGCCAAUGGUGGGAACAGCUACAAGAUUGGUCUCGUCCAAGAAUCAGCAGCUGCUCUCAAGAAGCGAAGCAUGGCCGAGCUUGGUGCUGGCGUGUAUCAGUCUGUCAGCAACGUCUCUUAUGUCAACUUUCUCGAGUGGAUUAGGUCGGAGCGGCUGACUACGCUUCCCCACAAAGGAAGCCGCUGGGAUAAAGUCCUCAUUCGUGCUCUUUACUUUGCCGAGCAGCUUCACAACUUUGAACAGGCGAUUCAGGGCUUCGCGCUGGAGAGCAGCGCUGCUGCCGCGAUUGGUUAUGGCCACGCGCAGCUGCUUCUUGAGUUGAGCCACGACAACUCCGAGGCCCUUGACAAGGCGUUUUCCGUGUUUUACAAAUUUGCCAUGUCGUUCUCGUCCGUUUUGCACCGCUCAGAAUUAUUGUCGGCGACUUCGGAGAUUCGCGAGCAACUGUGCAUGUUGUACACUGACCUUUUAUCGCUUGUGGUCAACGUGGCAGUCAAGUUCUACAAGACUGUACAUGGCAUGACUGCUGGUUCUGCGAGCCUGGACAUUUUCGAGCUCUUUGGAGAUACCAUUGAAUCCUUUCGCACACGCCAAAACUCGGUGAUCGAGUUGAUUUGGGGCUCUCAAAUCGAAAAUGAGGAUUUUGAGGAAGGCGAAGCAUUGGAUGUCCAGGUGCUGAGCAGAUGGCUGGCACCACAGGACCGUGUUCUGGCCUCAUUAAACCGUGAUCAUAGUACUUUUGUUGAUCAGCAAGUGGAAUUCACUUGCCUCUGGUUCCAAAAGCACUUGUCCAAAUUCUUCCAAAGCCAAAACAACUUUUUACUAGUCACGGGCGAAAAAGGGUCAGGCAAGACCACCAUUGCAGGGUCCGUCGUUGAACGGCUUCAACGACCCAUGAACCGCAAGCAGUACGACACGCUAUUUUGCUCUCUUUCUCCAGACAUUCCAACCACGGCGACUUCGCUCGCCAUUGUCAAGACGCUGCUGUUUCAGCUUUUGAACCUUCGCGUUGGCAACAUGGGAUUGUACUAUGCCAUCUUCCGGGCAUAUCAUCAGUGUAGAACCACUGGCGACCUCAAGGUUUACGAAGACUACUUGUGGACUGCUCUGGGUGAUGCGCUAGCACACCCAGUCGAGGGAAGCAAUGAGCUCGCCAUUAUUGUCGACGGCCUCGACGAGAUUGCCGACUCCAAAUCGGCAUCCAUUCAAUCUGCGGGUGGAAUGAGUCCAGCCUCUCUCCUAGAGAAGUUGGUUACCGUUACCAACCAGGGUCGUGGCGUCAGGCUGAUCACAUUGGGAUCGUCAAUCAAGAUGCCAUCGUCGGCCAAGGGAACACACCAUCAAAUUACGCGCGAAGACUUGCGUGAAGAUUUGCACGCAGUCGCACUUCGAGCCUUGGUCCACAACCACAACUUCCAUGGACAGCGAGCCUAUGAUCAGGAGCAGUUCCUUGACCGCAUCAUCCAGACGGCCAACGGAUCCUUCCUGUACACGAUCCUCGUUUGCCAAAUUUUGAAUGCCCAAAAGUCGCCCGAGACUGUCACAAAAUUUCUCGACACUGUAGAAAAGCAAAAGCCGUCGAUCCAAGAGUUGAUACUCCAGCUAUUCACAUCGCUAAACACUACGAGCCAGGCCAAGACUGUGGUGUCGUGGAUCCUGGCAGCAGAGCGUCCACUCACUAUCGACGAAAUCCACACGCUAUUCACCAUCGACGUGCAACGCGGCACUAUCUCAGAUACUGGCAUCAAGACCAACGACAUUAUAAAGUCUCUUGAGCCAAUUCUGACAAUUCACGAGCGAAUCGUGCGCUUCAAGCAUCCCAUUGUUCACGCUGCUCUUUACGACUUUGCCGAUCAGAACAAGCUCCCUAUUCCACUAAAAGAGAGCGAGACCGACUUGCUACUGCGCGUCUUGACUUAUGCCAAGUCUGUGCUACGAGAGAAAGGCGAGCCUACUCUUGACAACUCUGAUCCGUCUUUUGGAGAUCGCCUGUACCACCAGCACCACCUCUUGGAGUAUACUGUCCGCUACUGGGUACUUCAUUUGCAGCAAUCGCCAUUGGCACCACAGACUUCGGGAGCUUAUAAGCCUUCGUCGGAGCUUCAGAAGGCUCUACCCGAGUCGACUGUUUUCCCAAUUCUAGAGCAGCUUGUUUGGGAGACCCAGCUUCCCAUGCCCCAAGCGAUUGACCUACACAAGCUCGUCGGCACAGUGCGCCGCGCAAACUUUGGAGAGAACCACCCAAGUGUACUCCAAACUUUCUUGUCCAUUGCGACUAGUUACCUACUCAUCUCUAACCCUCAAGACUCUGCCAAAUACUUUUACUGGUCUACGACCAUUAGUCGCAAGGUGUUGAGCGAUAUCCAUCCAUUGACGUUGGAAUGCGCAAACCAUUACCUCAAAAUCACCGAGAGUCUGACAACGACAACUCGCACAGAGGUCAUGACCCAUCGGGAAACUAUACUCACCAUACUCGUCACCGCCUAUGAGCGACAAUAUGGCAGUACUUCUGAGCUGGUGAUUCAUACUCGCAAGUUGCUUGUGGAGCUGUAUGCCUCGAUCAAGGAAGAGGAUAAGGCAAUGGAGAUUUAUCGCCUUAUUCAAGAGGCAACCGUCCAGCAGUACGGCCGCAACUCGCACCAAGCCCAAGAUAUCCAGGGACAUAUGAAUGUUGUUCUUGGUAAGGGCAAAGGUGAUAGAAGCAUUGACGGUUACCAAGAAUCGUUCUUCCACGGAGACGAGGAAGAAGACCACAGUGUGGAAGUCUUUGACAUUGGUUCGAUUGUCGCCUAUCUCCGCCUUGCCGAAACCCACGCAUCUAAAAAAGAGUUUGCACUUGCCGAGAAGACGUAUGUGGAGCUCUGGCAAGAAGUUUCUUCCAAGACUCGCACUGCACGUUCCCUUGAAUGGCACGAGAAGAACAUUGAAGUUGCGACGGGCUACUCGCAAUUCCUGAAGUCUCAAAAGAGGUCGUCGGAAUCAGCGAGCGUCUUGACAUCCAUUUGGAAACAGUACGAGCACAGUCAAUUGUCGUUUGCGGAAAGUAUAGUCUCCCGUCUCACCAAUGUCGCCAAAGAGAUGCGAUCCGUUGGUAUGCAUACCCAAGCCCUGUCAAUCUUCAAGUAUGCAAGCUCGUAUUUCAAGAGCGUCCGCCAAGAGGAAUCUUCCAUUUCCCGGGAAAUCAAUCAGCAGCUAUCUGAGACGUCUACUGAACUCGUCAAGCAGAGUCUCAACUCUUCUGGCAGUGUUACUGAGACGACAACCACCGUCUCAGAGUCUGUAUUCCAGGACGUCUUUUUCUCCAUUAUCCACUCGUCCAAGACAAUUGACUCGAGCACAAUUGCUCUUGCAAAGAAGCUCACUGCGCAGUACAUGGCAAAGAGAAACUACACUGCUGCCAUCAACGUAAUUACUGCGACUCUGCAGCGAACCUGGUCUUCGUUCUUGGCUGAUUCCAUUCAUGAUGUUACCAUGACAUCGACCUUUACGCAGGAAUCCAUUGAGCUGGUUGAGCAGCUUGCCGAGUGCUAUCUCCAGACGAGGCAACUCGAAAAGGUGGAAGAUAUGUAUAACCGCUUCUUCCGUGCCGUACUGGUCGCACAAAAGGUUGACCAGACCGUCUUCGACAAGUCCAAGACUUUGCUUAUUACCUUUUACGACAAGCAUGGCUAUUCGGACAAAGCCAUUAGCAUCUACCAGGAGAUGCUGGUGUACCACCGCAACAGAGUUGGUCCCGCUCACGAGCUGACAAUCCAAACGUUGUACACGUUGGCGACGCGCUGCCAAAAGCACCCCCGAAACCACCCAUACUGGAUCGAUUACUACCUGCAAAUCAUUACAAGCCUCAACAAGGACUCUGAUGUUUGCCAUCCAGCUGCUCUAGAUGCCAUCACUGUGGUUACAACUACCUACUGGGAAGACCGACGUUAUGCAGAAGCAGUGAGCAUUUACCGUGUCUUAUGGAAGACUUUUACCACCAAGACCAAAGAGCACAAGGUUUUCACCGAAGUCAAGUUUGUGCAAACGCUAUACGAGCGCUUCUACCAGUGUCUAGAAGAAACCAAGGCCAGCUGGACAGAGCUAUACCAGGUCAGCAACGAGUACCGCGAGACUGUCAAGGCCGUGUUUGGCGCAGAGUCUACUAUUGCUGUUGAAGCUACUCUUUCGCUCGCGCAGGUUGCGCAGCGUAGUGAGGAGCAUGCUUCCCAGGCGAUUGCUCUCUACGAGGAUGUAUCUAGCAGGUCUAAGACUGUCACCACUCGCACAAACACCAGCGAUAUCAACCAAGCCUUGUCGUCGUUAUACGUCAAGCAGAUUCAGUCUGCAUCUUCGAGCAAUAUGAAGGCUGAAACUGUUCAGCGUGCUCUGACCAUGUCCGAGUCUCAGUUGCAAGAUUCCACACGUGCAUAUGGGUACUCGCACGAGUCUUCGCUCACCCACUUGCGCGAGCUCUCGACGCUGUACAGCCGUCAGCAAAAGACUGAUCUUGCAGUCAAGCAGCUCAACACUGCUGUUUCGCAGAUCAUUAGCAAGGAAAAUUCGAGUCAGAAGCAAAUUGAGAGUGCAGAGUCCAUUGCCUCUACUUUCCGCUCAAUUGAUCAGGCCAGUACCGCUGAAAGCCUUGUCCAGGAACUGCACCGCCAGAUUUGCGCCAAAGACACUCGCUAUGCAUCCAAGUGGUCUUUUGAUUUGACAAAGAGCACACGUUCAUCUCUUGCGUUCCUUGCAGCCCUCCAGUAUAACCUGCGCAAGGAUCUGACCAUUACUUUCCCCGAGAUCAUGGCAGAUCUGACACUCGAGUACAUCUACUUUGAGCAGUUCCACCACACCUUGGAGAACAACGAGAGCUUGACCGACAUUCUCUUGGCUGCCGCGCCUCUCCGCUGGUUCCUUCGCCGCAACCAUCAACACGACAUGAUUACAGUUGUUGAGGACCAGGCCGUUGGUCUAUUCGUCAAGCGUGAUGCCCAAGACCUGAACACGCAGAGCAAAGAGUCUCCUCGCAUCUUCAUUAUUGGCAUCAUGGACCAUUUGGGUAAUGGACGCAACAAGAACUUUAACCGCAGCGUCAUCCUCGCUUCAAACGACAGCGUCAGCAAGCUCGUCAAGGCCAAGAAAUUCCCCGAGGCAUACGACAUUGCCAACUUGGGCUUCUUGUACGCCAGCAAGCACGACGGAUACAAUGGCCCUCGUGCCAUUAGCAUGGGCUUCAAGCUUGCCUCUCUGCUUGUCGGCGACCGAGGAGGCCAAAAGUGUCCCGACGCUGCUCUGCGCAAGAAGAUGCUUGAGCUUAGCAACAAGAUUGUCAAGCGCAUCUUGGAGAUUUGCAAGAACCUCAACAUCAACUUUGCCCAGGUACAACUAUACGAGCUCUCUCGUCUCAGUGUGCUCCUUGGCGAGCAGCAAGACUACGAGACGCUCGAGUGGCUCCUCACCACUCUGUGGAACACUCGCGACGCGCAGCGCACAUGGCCCGCAACCAUUCUUCUCAACCUUGGCCGCCGUCUCAUCUGUGCUCGCUACCUCGCGGAACGCCCUGUCAAGGCAAUCCGUCUUGCCGAAGACAUUGCGUACAAUAUGCGUCGUGCCCACGGGCCUCGCGCACCCGUCACAAUCGAGACAUACGAGCUGCUCGCAGAGCUGUACACCUCAACGGCGCUCACAUACCAAAAGGAUGCAAAGACGGCAGGCCUGGCGUCUGAGUUCUUCAAGAAGGCUGUUGGCGUGCACGAGGACGUUUUGCGCCUUGUCGUCAACCAUCAGGGCGGCAGCGAAGACGAGUCCGAUGACGAACUUGACACUACGGCUGCGCUGUUGGCCAAGGAGGGCGUCAAGGUGAAGCGUCACGACGGACAAAAUGCACCCGCGCUCGACGCUGCGCAGAUCGACAGGUCUGCACUUGCGCUCAAGCACCUCAAUUUGUUGAAGAUGGCGUACCAGCGUCUGGGCGGCUGGCCCAAGUCUUACUCUGAGUAUGAGCACUUGAAUGCGCAGUUGUUCCGCGUGUUUGGCGCAGAGAGCGGCUGGAAGGGCGUCCAGGGUACGGAGAAGUGGGAUGCCAAGGGUUUUGGUAACGGAAAGGCGGAGAGCCAGGAUGGUGCUUUCAAUGGUUUAGAAGACUGGAGCUUUGGUAGCGAGGAGGUGAUUUUGGAUGCGCAGAAGCAUCAAGGUAAAGACAUUUACAUGUCUCUGCACACCUUGCAACUCUUUACGCUUUUCAUCAUGGCAUCAGGCUCAUCAAAGCACCUGCCUCUCACGUCGUACCCCAUGACCAUUUCACCACUACGUUUGCUAUGCGUUCUUGGCGCAUACGAAGAACACGAGCCCAAGACAUUGCACAUGCCCUGGAUGUCUCUUAAACAGUCUGGUAUUGACAAAGGCGACACUGUCAAGGACUGUAAUGCAAAGGGCUUCAUCCAUGGCCAAAAGUUACAGUCACAUAGGCUCAGCACAAUUCCCCUCCAAAAAGAGAAGGUCUUUCCGCAUUGCCAAAGCGUGCAUAGGGCAGGAAAUGACGAAAAAAUGUAUCCACAGCAUGGAGACUUGAAAAGCGCAAUGUUCAAGCGUUGCCGUCAUGUUGGGGAAGACGUGCUACGCAAGCAGAGAACUGAACUUGUAAGAAAAGGCGAUUACAAUGGAAUAAAAGUGCUCGAUGUGGAAGAGGUUGAAGAGGUUGAAAUUGGGCGCUCCAGCGAGAUUCAAAAGAAGGCCUCUUUGAACAAAAAGUUGGCGGAAGAGAUGAAGGCUGAAUUGCAACUGGCGGAAGAAAAGAGGAAAGCAGCGCGAGAAGCAAGGAGAGCGAAUAGACAAAAGAAGGAACCAUCCAGUUAG